AUGUCGACCGUGACCCGUCUUCUCGGAGCGCUCGCGAUCGCCGCGUGCGUGGGCAAUGCCUCGGUGAUAGAGCUGCCCAUCAUCAUUGACAAUGGCUACCCAGUCGUCGAGGUCGAGGUUGGCACUCCGCCAGCGAAAUAUCGACUGUUGUUCGAUACCGGGAGCGCGGCAUCGUGGGCAGUUGACAGUUAUUGUGCUGAAACGUGUCAAAAUUUCAGCGGAUACGACCGAGUCGGUUAUAAUGUGUCCGCCUCUUCAACGGGUAGCUACACUGGAGGUUACGCAUACAUCGACUACCUGGGCGGCCAAACAAUCGGGCCAGCAGUCCAAGAUGUUUUCGCCAUAGGAUCUGCGGUGUGGAACCAGACGUUCAUCGCCGCGGCGUCAAGUUCGUGGGGUAAUAUACCCGGCGACGGCUUUUUGGGCAUGGCAUUUGCCGUCAUCGCCGACGGAGACACAAACACCGUUGUCGAGACGCUGCUAGCCCAGGACGCCCUCGACGAACCCAAAUUCGGAAUUUACUACGGCACUGAGCUUAGGAAUACGGGAGGCGUGCCUGGGAUCGGGGCGAUAACCUUGGGUUCCUCGAGAGAAGAAGAGCUCGUUGAGGGUGAACUCGUGACUGUGCCUCUGCAGCAAAGCAAUGGAGAAUAUCAAGUAUGGCGAACCGACUUCAAGGCCGUAACAGGCUCGAGAACAAUUGGAGACGAGGUCGUAGAAACAACCACCAACCUCGACCUCGCAUGGGCUGUCUUCGACACUGGUGGCGGCCGAAUCACCCUUCCGAAAUCCAAAACGCUGCCCAUCUACGAGUCGCUCGGGUGGAACUUCACCCAGCUCCUCAACGGCGAGCGCAUCUUGGAUUGCUCCGAGUUCAAUUCGUCCUGGUCAGUGUCCUUCACAUUAGGAUCGUCGGCGGACCCGAAGAUCAUUACUAUGACGGGUGAUGAGUUGGCUGUGCCAGGCUUUGCGAAUCGCGAAAGUGCCUGCUGGCCGCCAUUCGACCAGGGCGACGUGGAAGGGUUUGCAUUGUUUGGGACAGCGCUGUUGAAGCACUUUUAUACAAUUUGGGAUUAUGGCACGAAGGGAACUGUGAAGAAUUCCGAGUAUAAACCCACCGUCAGCUUUGGGACGCUAAAGCCUGAGUUUAGGCCAGUCCCCCGGCAGGUUGCAUAA